ACAGUGAUUAACCAUGAUGGUGAUAUUUUGAAAUAAAUUCUAAAUUUCUUGACGCUUGUAAAUCAAGAACUGAAAUAUAGGUUAAUAUCUGGACAAUUUGAGGUAAUAAUGAGGCCUAAUGGGGUUGCUAGAAAGAUAAAAUGUUAUUUACCAAAACACCUGAUGGGAUAAUUUGACUUGCUGUGUUUUACUACUGAUGAUAAAAAGAAUAUUGAUUGCAAAUAAAUCACCGUCUCUAAACGCUUGUAAACAACUCGUGUUUGCUCUGGUCAGAUCAAAGUAAAACUUAUGAGAUAAAGUGUCUACAUAUCCAUAUUCUACGAUUCGUGGAUCAGUUUUCAUUCCAGAGUUUAAAGGCUCUUCUAACAGUCAGAAGUUAAUAUUUUACUCCACAAUCCCGGUGUUUGAUUUGGGGAGCGGGGAUGGUGGUGUUGGCAUGUGCGUGGAAAAUCUUUCACAUUAUAAGUCUCUUCAUACUGAAGUUGUGCAUUCAUGUCCUCAGUCUCGUCUCACUAGGAGCAAAAAUAAAGAAUGCUCUGCAUGCAUUUCCAACGUCCCCCUGGAUACUUUGCAGAUAAAUGCGGCGCUGUGCGCGGGCAUUAGUUUGGAACUGCGGUGUAGUACCUGUUCUAUGUGCCUGAUAAUUUCAAGGGCACAGUAAAUUUUCUCGCCGAGGCAAAGGAGACGUUGCUGUGUUUCCAUCGCUUGGUUUGGUUUGGGGAGAAAAUAUUCAUGAUGUCUGUCAGAGCCCCGCUUAGCACCUCUCUUUCAUUUUCCUUCAAGAAGGGGGAAUAAUUCGGGAACACCUCUCUGUAUGACCUAAAUGUGAAGAGCCUGCAGCGGGCAGGGCCGAAUUUGGCUGUGAAGACCCUUUUGCACCGCUGAAAGGCGUAUUCCGGUUCCCGGAGUAGCCUAUUCAGGUCUGUUAGAGACGCUAACGAGAUAAUUGAUGUGCUUUUUCCUCUCCGCUUGUCUGAAUGUGUUGCAGGGCUCCCAGUACGAGCUGAAAGAUAAUCCGGGUGUCCACCCUGCUACCUUUGCUGCUCACACUGCUCCCGGCUAUUAUCCCUACGGACAGUUCCAAUACGGGGACCCGGGGCGGCCCAAAAAUGCCACUCGGGAGAGCACCAGCACCCUCAAGGCCUGGCUCAACGAGCACCGCAAGAACCCCUACCCCACCAAGGGCGAGAAGAUCAUGCUGGCCAUCAUCACCAAGAUGACCCUCACCCAGGUCUCCACCUGGUUCGCCAACGCCCGCCGGCGGCUCAAGAAGGAGAACAAGGUGACCUGGGGCUCCAGGAGUAAGGACCAAGAAGAUGCAAACCUCUUCGGGAGUGACAAUGAGGGGGACCCCGAGAAGAAUGAAGAUGAUGAGGAAAUUGACCUGGAGAGCAUAGAUAUAGAUAAAAUCGAUGAGAAUGAUGGGGAGCAGAGCAACGAGGAAGAGGAGGAGAAGCCCGAGCUCCUGAGACAAAGCAGUGAGGAGGAGCACUUGGAAAAGGAGAAGGAUUUGGCACUGUCAGGGUCUGAAGGGCUGAAACCCAAAGACGCGCUGGCCAUGGUGAAGGAGGCCUCCGACAAUAGCACGAGAAUCAUCAGUCCUGGGGGACCGAACAAUUUACAGAUGCCGUCUCACAGCAAACCCAAGAUUUGGUCUUUGGCAGAGACGGCAACCAGUCCUGAUGGUGCCCUGAAAUCUUCUCCUCCUCCGCCCCCUCCCCCCCAGGUUAACCACACUUCUCCUCAGAUUCAGCACCCUGCUUUUCUCCCCAGCCAUGGACUCUACACAUGCCAGAUUGGCAAAUUUCACAACUGGACAAAUGGGGCUUUCCUCACUCAGAGUUCCCUUCUAAAUGUGAGGUCCUUUUUGGGAGUAAAUCACCACCAUGCUGCUCAUCACAACCACCACCUCCAGGCCCAGCAACAAUCUUCUGUUUUAACAGCAACCCUGGGAGCUCUAAGCAGCGAAAAACCUUCAGAGAGGACCAGUCCCAAACACAUAGAAAGAGAAAAUGUACCAAGAACUGACUCCCCACCCCAGCCGCUAAAAUCGCCCUUCCAGCCUGUCCGUGACAACUCUUUGGCUCAGCAAGAGGGAACACCGAGAAUUUUAACAGCUCUCCCUUCUGCUUGAUUAAAUGAUAUGGUGAAAAAAUAUUACAGAGACUGGUAUUAAGGACAGAGAGAAUGAAAAAAAAAAGGAAACGGUAUAAACGGCUCUCAUCAAUCUCUUUUUGCAAUAAGGUGGUGCAAGUUCAUAAAAGCAUUACACAAAUCUGUAGAUGGAUCCCCUUCCUCAUUGUACCAUUUCAGAUCGUGUUAUUCUAACCAUUCUUAGAUUAUUUGUUUGGUAAAUGUUUCCCAUGUGUUUGUGGUUUUCUUUUUUCUGUAUAUAGAGUGAUUUCAGAUUGUAAAUAACACGUCAGC